AUGGCACCUCGUGGUAAGGGGUUAAUUCUGGUGACCGCGAUUGCGUCGGAACUAACCGCCGACGACGUGAAGAGCAUCCGGAAGAAGUAUGGCUUAAAGGGUUUGAAAGCCGCUGCUCCCGACCAAGGCGACCGUGCCCAUCUUCCUCCUCCCGGGAAGAUGACAGUGUAUCUUAAGUUUUUGGAGCUUGGGUUAAAAUUCCCCCCCCCUUUUGUGGAGGCUUUGAUGCAGGCGUAUGGGAUGCCCCUGGCUCAGUGGGCGCCUAAUGCGAUCCCCUUUAUCUUAGGGUUCUUGCAUAUCUACCACACAGUGGGUGUGAAGGCGGAUAUGCUUUUGUUCCGCUGCUUCUUCAAGAUGGCGCGAUCGCGCCAGAAUUACACCAGAUGGUUCAACUUUCAGCACAAUACCACGACGGGGUCCCAUAUUGAAAAGAUCAAGAGCUUUGGUCGCAUCUUGCCACAUAUAGAAGUGGAGAAAAACAUGCAAAUUAUUUAUGAGCAUGCUGCAGGUAUUCCUGAAUUUAGUACUGACUCUUGGCGUCUUGUUCUUAUCCUUUGUAGGUUAGAGCUUGUAAUAAUGGGUCAAAGUCUGUACUCCAAACCUGCAGCAUUGUCUGCAAAGAAUAUUGGAGGGGCUACCGCGUCGAAGAAAAGGAAGUCGGGGGGUGAUGGAAGUCGGUCGGGAACCGUCCCCAGCCUAUCGCAGGAAGAAGGUGGCAAGAGGAACAACUCGGCGACCACAGGGUCACGGCCGCCGGUAGGCACGACUCGGAUUCCCGUGCGAACCGCAAUCACGGCUUUUGGGGCGCUGGUCGCUACGUCUGGUGUUGUUGUUGACACAACUGCGUCGCAAGUGGGUGGCGCAAGUGCGGCAACGGUGGAGCUGGAUCCACCAAACGUGGUCUGCUCCCAGUUGGGCACGAUCCCUAGGCCCGUUGGGCCAAAAGAUGCCAUACUCCAGUGCAUGUCCGGUCUAGGGCAAUGGGCAAUGUGCUCCGCCGACCUGGCUGAUCAAGUCACCAAGUUGAAAAAGGAAUUGGCUGAGAAGGAUAGCAUUCAAAACAGUAUGAUCAUGGCUCUAGUCGGAGCUCACGAUGUGUUGGCGGAAAUCCAUGACCACUAUGACUCUGGUGGCGAUGACUCCUAUUGGGAGAUCAGGAAACUCUGCGCGACCCAGGAGUCCCCUCAAGUUAUCUUGCACCUUGCAUGCGACCCUACUCCUCUAUUCGAUACAACGGCCGGGAUCGCAACUCCCCCUCUGUCGCUGAGCCGUUCUAGCGAUGAAGAAGGUUCGUCUGGAGGAGGUGAUGAUGGCGCGGGCACAAGCAAUCCUCCCCUAAUGGUGGAAAAAACAACCUUCCCCCCCUUGGGAGGUGGCGAGACGCACCCCCAAGGCGGUGGAGAGGAGGGUAGUCGCCCUGGAGAGGCUUUCUUUGAGGUAGUAAAUAAUAGUGGCCCAUCCAUUUCUGGCGUGGCACCCGAUAAUGUUCUUACUGUGACAGGUGCAACGCCAGCUGUUGGAGGAGUCGCUUCCGCAGGGAAUCCUGUUGCGACCAGGGUGGCUAAAGGCGGUCUGGUGGGCAUGAAGAUUCUUGAUCCCAAUGUCAAGACAGGCGAGUCCUUGUACUACCACUGCAUAGUUUCAUGCCUUCUUGAUGCACCGUGUGCAGGAGAGCAGGACAGGGAAGGGAAGGAAAGGCAGCUGAGAGAGUUGGUGCGAUCCAUGUAUGCGAUCGAGUUCCAAGCCCUGGGGUCGGUGCUCAGACGUUGCCAGUCUGAUUACUGGAAGAAUGAAUACUUGUGA